CUGAAGAAGCGGCAACCCAACUACAACUAGAGAGUCAAAUUGGGCGGCUUUUUCAUUUUCCGUCUUCCUUAUCAAGCCUCCUCCUUCCACCCUCUCUCUCUCUACUCUCUCUCCAACCAUGUCGCGGGCGACCAACUCCGUCACCCCCUUCCACUUUAUCCUCCUCCUCCCUCUCCUCUCCCUCGCCGCCUCCGCCUCCGACGACGACCUCCAAACCCUCCUCGCAAUCAAAACUGCCCUCCAAAACCCCGCCACCAACGCAUUAUUCACCUCAUGGACACCCACCAAUCCCAUAUCCAGCUUCACCGGAAUAACAUGCGACCCGGAAGGCUCGGUCGUAUCCAUCGAGUUACCGAACCGGCAGCUCACCGGUACCGUCCCGUUCGACUCGAUUUGCCGGUUGAAAUCACUCGAGAAGCUCUCGCUGGGGGCGAAUUCCCUCAGCGGCGUCGUGUCCGAUGAGCUGGGGAAGUGCGUGAAUUUGGAGUACUUGGAUUUGGGAAACAAUUUCUUCUCCGGCUCUGUCCCCGAUCUGUCUCCCCUGUCUCGGUUGAGAUAUCUGUACUUGAAUAGCAGUGGGUUUUCUGGUAAAUUCCCUUGGGAUUCGGUAUGGAACAUGAAGAGUCUUGUCGUUUUGAGCGUCGGAGAUAACCCGUUCGAUGCGGGCCCCUUUCCGGAAAGGGUGGGUGAACUAUCCCAACUGACCUGGCUCUACCUAUCCAACAGUAACAUCCACGGUGCAAUUCCUAAAGGAAUUGGGAAUUUAAGGGAGCUGGUAAAUCUAGAAGUAUCCGACUGUUUCCUCUCCGGCGAGAUUCCGGCGGAGAUUUCAAAUCUGAAAAAGCUAUGGCAGUUGGAAAUGUACAACAACAGCUUGGUUGGGAAAUUCCCACCUGGGUUUGGAAAUUUAACGAGCUUGGAAAACUUUGACGCGUCCAUGAAUAACCUCCGCGGCGACUUAUCGGAGCUCCGGUCGUUGACCAAUCUGGUGACCCUACAGCUUUUCGAAAACAAGUUUUCCGGCGAAGUUCCGGCGGAAUUUGGGGAAUUCAAAAAGCUGGUGAAUUUAUCUCUUUAUACUAAUGAAUUGACUGGCGUACUUCCAUUGAAACUUGGGUCGUGGGCCGAAUUCGAUUUCAUAGACGUGUCGGACAAUUUUUUAACGGGUCCAAUUCCACCGGAGAUGUGCAAUAGGGGUACAAUGAAGGAGCUUUUGAUGCUCCAGAACAGGUUUACCGGUGGAAUACCGGCGAGUUACGGGGAUUGCAGGUCGUUAACCCGGUUUCGUGUGAGCAACAAUUCUCUAUCCGGCGUCGUUCCAAGGCGGGUUUGGGGAUUGCCCAAUGUGGGUUUGAUUGAUAUUGCUUUCAAUCAGUUGGAAGGUCCAAUUACAUCUGAUAUUGAAAAUGCAAAAUCUUUGGCCCAACUAUAUGUUUCUAGUAACAAAUUGUCAGGCGAGUUACCGCCGGAGAUUGCAAGAGCUACCGGAUUAAUCGAGAUUGAUUUGAGUAACAAUGGAUUUUCCGGUAAUAUCCCGGCGACAAUUGGAAAUCUCAAACAGCUCAACAGUCUUCAAUUACAGAACAACAAAUUUUCCGGCCAAAUUCCGGAGACUAUAUCCUCUUGUAUUGCAGUCAAUCUUGUAAACAUGGCCCAUAAUUCUUUAUCCGGCGAAAUUCCGGCGACAAUUGGAUCAUUACCGGCUCUGACCUCCUUAAACUUGUCGGAAAACCAGUUCACCGGUCAGAUUCCGGCGACUUUGGCGUCUCUGAAGCUAAGCCUAUUUGAUGUAUCCUAUAACAAGUUAUCCGGACCCAUUCCGGAUUUGCUUUCGAUCGAGGCUUCUAACGGCAGCUUUGCCGGAAACAAUGGUCUCUGCAGUCAGAACAUCAAGUUUUUUCGGCGGUGUUCGCCGGAUUCCGGUGGUUCCAAGGACCUCCGGUUGCUGUUUCUUGUCAUAGCAGUGGGAGUAGCUGUUUUGUUUUCCUCUGUUUCAUUUAUCACCUUUUACCUAAGGAGAAGCCAAAAAGAGCAAGAGAAAUCAUUGAGAGAAGAUUCAUGGGAUUUGAAGUCUUUCCAUUUGUUGAGCUUUUCUGAGGAUGAGAUUCUUGAUUCAAUCAAGAAAGAGAAUCUGAUUGGAAAAGGUGGGUCCGGCGAUGUGUACAAAGUUGUAUUGGGUAGUGGCAAAGAAUUGGCCGUGAAACACAUUUGGAACUCAGAUUCCGGCGGCCGGAGAAACACCCGGAGUACGACUCCGAUGAUACCGAAGGGCGCUAAGAAGUCAUCGGAAUUUGACGCGGAGGUUCGGACGUUGAGCUCGAUUAGGCAUGUGAACGUGGUGAAAUUAUACUGCAGUAUAACGGGCGAGGACUCGAGUUUGCUUGUGUACGAGUAUUUGCCUAACGGGAGUUUGUGGGAUCGGUUGCAUAGUUGUGGGAAGAUGGGGUUGGAUUGGGAGGUUCGAUAUGAGAUAGCUGUUGGUGCGGCAAAGGGAUUGGAGUACUUGCAUCAUGGUUGUGAGAAGCCGGUGAUUCAUCGCGACGUUAAGUCCAGUAACAUUUUGUUGGAUGAGAGUUUGAAGCCUCGGAUUGCGGAUUUUGGGUUGGCAAAGAUUGUUCAGGCCAAUGCUAGCAAGGACUCAACCCAUGUGAUUGCCGGAACGCAUGGCUAUAUAGCUCCCGAGUACGGUUAUACCUACAAGGUGACGGAAAAGAGCGAUGUGUACAGUUUUGGAGUGGUUCUGAUGGAGCUCAUAACCGGAAAAAAGCCGAUUGAGCCAGAGUACGGAGAGAACAAGGACAUAGUGUACUGGGUAUCUAGCAAGCUGAAAACCAAAGAAAGUGUGUUAAGCACGGUGGACUCCAGCAUCCCAGAAGCUCACAGGGAAGAGGCAAUCAAUGUGUUGAGAAUUGCGAUUCUGUGUACUGCUAGGCUACCAACUCUAAGGCCUACAAUGAGAAGGGUGGUUCAAAUGCUGGAAGAUGGUGGGCCUUCCAAGUUGGUUGGCAUCAUCAUUAGCAAAGAUGGUGGUAGUAAGAAAGAGGAAAUGAAGGGCUACGAUAAAGUUUAAAUUAAUCGUUCGACGGUCAGAAAUCUGUCAGUCGUGAGAUUUACCGGAUAAAUUUGGCUUAUCUAAAUGUAAUUUUUCCGUAGAAGAAGUUAUUCCAUGUUUUAGCGGAGAACAGACUCAGCAUACUAAUAACAAUAUGGAGUUGCACGAUUACGUGGAGUUCAUACCAACGUGCAGAGGGUCUUGUGUAAUCGUGUGGCUCUGAGAAUACCGCGGUGUUUGCCCUAGAGUGUAAAAUAGUUUUUCUCCUUUCCAUGGCCGGGUGGAGACAAGGGGCAGUUUGUUUUAGUGUGAAAAAUCAACAUGGGCCAUUGUAAUGUAGUGCUGGUCACUUUUGUACCAUAUGGAAUACAAGUAAGACUACUUUUCGUGUGUUGGAA